AUGGCCGACUCUACAAACGAUCUCGCGGAGCGCUGUGAACAGCUUCAAAUCUCCUACGAGAAGCUUGAAACUGAUAUGACGACGAUCAAAGAGCAGACAGUAUAUGGUAAAUCAAUCCGUGACUGGGAAACGUGGAAGCAAGCAGUCUUCGAACGCUUCAAGAGGAAGAUGACCUUGCAAGACUUCAUCGAGUAUCAGGCCCAACGGAAGCUCCUGCCCAGCGAAACUCUUGUGCAAUACAUUUACUCCACGAAUGCCAUGCUACAAAAGUCGCCCUAUGAAUCAGUGCAUGAGGACAGAAUCUCAUUGAUCUUGCUUGGCAUUGCCGAUGACAAAUGGUUGAACCAUUUGGCGCGCCACAUGUGCAGCGAGAAGCUGCAACUCGACUCCGCGCUUACCCUCGAGACCGCGGUGGCUGCCGCGCGAAACUCCGAAGCGGUGAAGCAACAACAUAAAGAAAUGCGAGGUACGCAAGGUCAACACGGCGCCGCCGUCGACGAACUGAGCUCCGCACGCAAAAAGAAAAACUGGAGCAAGAAAACAACGCCGACGGCUCGUCUAAAAAAAGGCAACGAAGGUGUCCGGCAGCCAUGCAGAUGGUGUGGUAGUGCUUCGGUUCACACCAAGACGACCUGUCCGGCAUCCGGUCAAUUAUGCAGGUCGUGUGGAAAACAAGGCCACUACGCUUCCGUUUGCCUGUCUUCGAAACAUCAAGAGAGACCAGGCACUUCCACAACAGCUCGCCCAGCCCGCCGCACAGCAGAAGUGGAAGAGGUGUACCUCGGCGAACUUAAAGAUACUUCACCUCAUGACGCUUGGAGAAUCACCCCGUCAGUGAACGGCAUCUCGAUCACAUUCAAGGUCGAUACGGGCGCCGACGUCACUGCCAUCGCGCCGCGCGACUACAAUCGCGAAGUGAUGGGCCCUCUGCGAAAGCCAGAAAGAGCACUUCUCGGUCCUGGUCAUCAGAAGCUUUCGACCGCUGGACACUUCCAAGCUUCUAUGGAAUGGGGCGGUCAACAAGUUCAAGAGGAUGUUUUCGUAGUUGAAGGUCUACAGGAAGCUCUCCUCGGAAGGCCCGCCAUCCGAUCUCUCGGAGUUCUCCCACAGCUCCUCAACGUCACUGGUGCGACAAGCCGCACAAAGGACGUCUCCAAACUACUUGCCAAGUACCCUCAGCUGACUUCAGGGCUUGGACAGAUGAACGCCGAGUACAAGGUGGUUCUUCGACCAGACGCGAAGCCCUUUGCUCUUACGUUCCCAAGAAGGGUGCCACUGGCGAUGCUACCACCUGUAAAGAAUGAGCUUUCCAAGAUGCUAAAGCUCCAAGUUAUAGAGCGUGUCACCGAGGCCACAGAGUGUCGCCUUGAGGCUCAACAUGAGGCCCGUGGCGUCGUUGCCAUUGGGAACACGGUCCAGCUUGUCCCCCAGACCCUGCAGGAUCUCAAGGUACGUUGUGACUUCAGCUACUUCAGCGACGGGAUGACUGUCUGCGAGGCUCGGAGGCUCCACGAGAGCAAGCUGUGCCUAGAGGGCGGCGGUCCUGUGCUGCUGGUCAACGGUGCCCUGAACCCCACGACCAGGACUGCACAGCACUGGCACAGCGUGUGGAGCACCACAUGCUUUGGCGGUGGCGCCAUUGCCCCGCUGUCCAAGCUGGAGGAGAAGGCAACCCUCUACGCAGCUCAAGACACUGGCGUGACGGUGAGCCGGAGCGAUAGCAGCACCUGCUGGGCGGUUCUCGUGGUGACCCCGAUCAUGCAGCGGGCCCAAGCACUGGACGUGGCGAAAGACAUCGUCUUCAUACACUCCACGUCCUCUUGCUACACGACCAGAUGCACCGUCUCGGUGGUGCUCGUGGCAACGAUGGCUGGCACCGUCCUCGUCGCAGGGCUAGUCCACAACGAGCAGAGCACCGAGGGGUACCUGACUGCGUUCAAGCUCCUCCGUGACACCCACCCACUUUGGUUUGGGGGCCAGUCGGCACCGAACGUGGCGAUGACUGACAACUCCAGUGCGGAAAAGGCUGCGGUGCAGGAGACGUGGCCCACAGCGAGGCAGCUUCUCUGCCAUUUCCACGUCGCACAGGCGGAGUGGCGCUGGCUGACGGCAGCUCGCAACCGCGUCGACAAGGACCAGAGGCGUCAAUUGAUGUCGCUCUUCCAGGAGGUGAUGUACGCCGACAGUGAAGAGAAGCUGGAAGCUGCAACUGCCCAGCUGAAGCUUCAACCGCACCAGGCCUUCGUGGCACGGGUGGAGGCCUUCCUUGGGAGACGGGAGGAGUGGGUGCUGCUCUUCCGUGCCAACAUCACCACACGGGGGCACAACACGAACAACUUCGCUGAGGCCACCAUCCGUGUCCUGAAGGACAUGGUUCUGAACAGGACGGAGGCCUUUAACGCGGUGGCACUGGUGGAUGCGGUGGCCGUGGUGUGGGAGCGGUACUUCGAGAGCCGCAUCCUCCGCCAUGCCCACAGUCGUGUCGCCGGUCACCAGCUGGAAUACAAGUGGCUGUUCAGCAGGAUGCCACAAGGUGCAGCAGACAACAUCAAGCCUGUGGGCGACAACGUCUAUGCGGUGCCCAGUUCCACCAACAACGGCGUGGUGUACGAAGUGUCGCCAAGCUUCGGAGCGUGCAGCUGCCCAGUCGAAAAACAAGGGGUGUUUUGCAAGCAUCAGGCCCUUGUGCACGAGACCUUUGGAGGGUUGUUUCCCAAUGCCCCCCCUUCGAGCACGGGGGAUCGUCACCGACUGGGAAAGUUGGACUUGGGAGACACGUGUCCGUUGCAAAAUUUUUUCAUGCCUUUUUGUGAAGGGCAGCAGUCGUCAAAAGAGCCAGACGUGGCCAGCUGUACCGCCCAGGCCUCGGAAGGCCAGCACAUUGCCGAAGCCAGUGACAUGGCAGAAGCCCCCGAGCCCUCCACUUCAGCUGUGGCGUCACCGGCUGUGCAGGGACCUGACCAGGCUCAGAUUGCCCAAGCACGAGAACAAGUGUACCAGCGUCUGGAAUCGAGCUUGCAGCACCUGCACGCCAUGAACGAGGACAGCGCAACGUACCUUGAGAUCCUGCAGGGUCUUGGGGACGAGCUGGACCGUGUGCCCAAUGGCAACGACGCCACCGGCCUCAAGUUGAGCCUCAAGGCGACUGCGGCAGGACGAAGGCGCCGGGGACACCAGAUCCGGGUGCAGCCUACGAGCUUUGCCCGACGUAGGCCAGGGCUGACGAGGGGCUCAAUAAGGGUGCCAGCCGGACGCCCACCAAGUGACCAGCCUGCCAAGAGGCCAAGAAAGAGGCCCCAUUCCCUGCAGAGGAAUGUGCAGGACAAUGUGCCCAGUGCGAGACUGCACUAA